ACGUGUUUCUAUUAUAUUUUUUUUCUCUCAGGAGACCACUUCGACAAACUGAAGGUUUGAACUCCAUCAUUUCAACUCGACCCAGUAACCAUCCAAUAUUAUGGCGGAGAAAUCGGCAUACACUGCGAAUAUCGAGGCUGUUAUCGGGCACAGUCUCGUGGGUUCGAUACUCGGCAUCUCUUACGAGCUGGGAAUUCUUCAAGCUCUCAUCGAUGCCCCUGAGCCCGUCACGUCACAGCAAGUAGCAGACGCAAAAAAUCUAAAGGAGAGGUACGUUAGAGAGUCCUUGAACUGCCUUGCCUGCGCACAGAUUGUAGAAGUAAACAGAGAUGGCGGUGGCACGGUGCGCUACCACGUGACCCAGGAGCAGGGGGCAGUGCUAACGGGACCCAGCACACAGAUGAUUGGCAUGAUCGCCGCUACCUCCGCUCGCUUUGUAGAUAUGAUGGACCGCUUCCGGGCGGACGGGCCUUAUGAUUACCCCAUGGCGGAUGCCCUGGUGACGGCUGCCAUAGACAGGGUCGGCUUGUGUAAACUGGGCACAGAGGUGGAAACUGUCCUGUCCAACAUCCCAGGGAUCAGAGAGAGGCUUGAGUCAGGGAUAAACGUCAUCGAGCUGGGCAGUGGUCAGGGCAGACUGAUCUGUACGUUAGCUGAGAAGUUUCCCAAGUCAAGGUUCACAGGUAGUGAAUACACAGAUUCGGGCGUCCAGUUCCUACAGAACAAAAAGACAGAGCUCAAACUGGACAACAUCGAAAUGAAAAAACUGGACCUCCUCAAUGUAGCAGACGACUACGUGGGCAAGUUUGAUUUCGCCGUGAUUAAUGACGUCAUCCAUGAUCUCCCCGACUCUCUGACCGGACUUAAGGGAUGUCGCAAAGUUCUCAAGACUGGUUCCUACUUCGCUUUCAUGGAAAUUGACGGAACCGGUGACGUCGUUGCUGACAAGAGUAACUCUCAUUCGGCCGUUUUGUACAGUUUGAGCACACUCCUCUGUGUGGCUCAAGCGUACCACAAUGCGGAUGCUCAUGUCUACGGGGCGUGUUGGGGGCGGAGUGAAGCGGCCAGACUGGCAAAGGAGGCGGGGUUUAAGGUGCUUAGUCAGCACGGCCAUAGUGGCUGUUUCGUGCUACAUGCUUGUCAGGCUGUGUGAAAGGAUGUGUUUGUGUGAGUGUGUGUGUGUGUGUGUGUAGUUUUUUGUAAGUGCGUGCGUGUGUGUGUGUGUGUGUGUGUGUUG